CAGAAGAUCAAGAUCUAUUUGUGACUACUUGGUCAAGAUCGAGAUCCCUAAUUUGAAGAGCCGCUCGUGAUGUUUCGAUUCGUAUCUAGGUCCUCUGAAUCUAGGUCCUCUGAAGAGAGUAGGUCUUAGAUGAAGGUACAGUAGAGAUCUCGAUAUUGUGGUCAUUAAGGUUUGACUCAGCAUGACUUCCACGUUCCGACCUCUACUUCCACGUUCCGACCUCUAGACGUCAGGCAAUGUAGUUUCAAUCCAUUCCUUCGAAACAUCAACUAUUGUUUGAGAACAAGUUAGACAUCAUUAUUUUUUAGGCUGUACUAUUAUAUUUCCAAUAAGAAGAAAGUUGUAUCAUUACUUUUUGAAGAACUAAUCUGAUUUCAAGAAUAAAAGAAAAUGGUGUCAAAAAACAAGAAAGUUGGUGUCCGGAAGUCCGGCAAGGCCAAGGCGAAUGUCAGAGAGGGCUUCCAAUCUAACACUUUGCAGAAGGAGAUAUGCGCAGACUUGCAGAAAUACAACAAGGGAGAGGCAACGACGAAACUACUUGCGAGUGGAAGUGGAGGUACAAGAGAUUUUAAGGGCAGAAGUCCUCCAGAUUACAGAAUGAGAGUAUUCUAUUUCUAAUUCUAUCGGUGCCCACCAAGCAAUCUAUUUCUAUCGAUGCCCUGAAGAACCUGAUAAAUUAUCAUAUAAAUAUGUUCUUGAAGAUUAUGUUUCAACAUAGACAAAUUCAAAUUGUAUGUUGUUGAGCACUUUCGUCUGUAUUCCUAACUGAUUAUAUGAUUGUUUCCUGCAAUCAAUGUUCAUUGUUCUAUAUCUUGUUCUCCAGGUGCCUCCAAGACUCCUGCCACCCUCUCUGCCCAUUCAGCUAGCAACAUCAACAAGAGCGAUUCUCUCCUCGAUGUCGGCUAUAAUGGCGCCGAUUUAACCCUGCAACUGUUGGAACAGAGAAGAAAGCAAGCAUGCUUGAAGUUUGGCUGGGUCCGGCAGAAAGCUCUAGAGUUAAGGCUCCAAGAAAUCCAUCUUAGUCAGCAUCUUGGGCCUGUUUUUAAAAAAAAAACAAGGGGCACCUCGUGGUCCUCGCGUUCUUUCACAAGGAAAAUAUACGGGCACCAGGAUCGAUGCUCGCCCAGAUGGAUUUCUCCUAUCUCUAAUAGAAGAAGCUAGUAAAGACUUCAUGAUGCGACAUCCGCUUUCUAAGCUCGCCAGACAACGUCUUGCCGCGAAUCAAGGAAACUCGUUGUUCAAACCCAGUUUAAAGCAAUUAGACGAGUUCGAACAGGAAAUGAGAAGUGCUUUGUUAGGUGAGAAAACGAAUGCCACGAUGAACACUGCUGCGACAUCGAGUAAAACUAGUGGCGCCUCUUCUUCUAUUAGCAGUGGUAGCACAACCCCUUCUAGCAAUAUUUUUUUAUUGAACGGUGCUGCGGGUCGUGCAUUGUCGAGCAUGCCUAGCGGACUCUUUAACAGCACAACUAAUGCAGCACAAGGUGCCACUACCACACCAUCAACAUCAACAUCGACGACUACAACUGCAGACAAAGAUCUCAAUGCACCAAGCAGUAAGAAGCUAUCUCGUGCAGCCAAGCUUCUAGCACGUACGUCACAGUUGUCAAAGGGUGGGAAAUGCGUCGAGUUUCAACCUAAAAGACAGAUUUGUCCAGCUAAGGCGACUGAGAUUUUCAACAAACGCACUGCUUUAGAGAAGGAGCAGGCUGGGAAGAAGAAAGGCAAGAAAAAGGCUGGAAUAAAGAUUGCUAUGAAGGCUGGAGGAUCCUCAUCUAAGGUGAAGAAGGUGGUGAGAAAACGGGAAUAAAGAAGACGACUAGAGUGUGAAUGUCCGGUCCUGACACGACUGGAUAUUAUUCUCAAUCAUCCACGAAAAUUGAUCAGGCAUAUGACAUAAUAAAGGACCUUCAGGAGGACCCCCAGGAAUCUCUACUGUAAUAUCAGGACCAUAAAGUUAAAGCACGCGUUCUUGUGAACACUGAGCCCCAUGCUGACCCAAAGUUGUUAAUAAACAUGAUUCAUUUAUUCUUUAAAUGGAAGCAGUUGCGCUCGGUGUAACUUUUGUCUUGG